AUGUCCUCCCAAGAGUUCACCAUCGACCAAGCCGAUCUCAACAAACUCACUGAGAAGGACAAAGCCGAGCUGCGCCAGUUCUUCUCGAACGAGGAGCACCGCUCCCGCAUCCAAUCCCAAUCCCACGAACUCACGGCCAUUUGCUGGAAGAAAUGCAUUACAAGCACUAUCAAAUCAGGCCAGCUCGACAAGAACGAGCAGACUUGUCUUUCCAACUGCGUUGACCGGUUCAUGGAUGCCAAUCUUGCUACGAUUAAGCACCUGCGGAACAUGCGCCAACAGUAA